UGUAGGUGCAUGCUUGCGCAUGCUGUUCCAAACGAGUAAGACUGUGUGACGGUGCGCGUGUUUGAGUGUCCGAGAGUGCGAAGGAUUAAGCUCGUCUAGCCCGUGAGGAUCGCUCCCACUCUCUCUCUCUCUCUCAUUCAUUCUCACUCACUCACUCUCUCUCUGUCUACCGUGUGGAUUCCUGCUUCCAAUCUCACUGGGAUAUACGGAGAGCAGUGCGGAAUACUGACACAGACGCUGCUGCCGCUGCCGCCGCUGACAUCUUCCUCUCCGACCCUCACCUGUUGGACUGGACUAGCGGGUCUAGGGCAGUAUACCGGCGCUUCGGAAGACUGGACCGUGGAUGUCGGUGGCCAACGGAGGACUGGCCGUUCUAGCCCCCUGUGGCAGAGGCGAUGGCUCGGCGCUAACCGCGUUCGACAGGCAUGGUGAGCAGGGUCUGGGAGCUCCCAUCAUCAUGUGCACGCGCCCCUACCCCGAGUGUCAGCUCUACCCGCAGGAGGACGGCCUGGGAGGGCGCGAUUCCCACGAGUCUGACAUGGACAGCGCCGCCGACAGCGGCGCCGGCUCGGAAUCCUCCGACGGCGGUCGCCACGAUGACAAGGACGAAGGGCUAGGGGGUCUCUUCCUGCCGGCUAAGAACUCUGGUCAGCUGAUCCCGUCGGCGUCUGCGUCCGUCAUCUCCACCGAGGAGCAGUUCGAGGACUAUGGCGAGGGCGAGGACGUGGACUUCACUCCCAGCAGCCCCUGCCCUGACGACGAGACGCGCACCAACGGCUUCUCGGACCUCGGCUCCUCGCUACCCUCCAGUGCGGGUCAGACCCCUCAGAAGAUCCGGCACUUGUACAACAGCGAGCUUCUGGACGUCUACUGCUCCCAGUGCUGCAAGAAGGUCAACCUGCUCAACGACCUGGAGGCCAGACUGAAGAACCUCAAGGCAAACAGCCCCAACAGAAAGAUAUCCAGCACAGCAUUUGGACGGCAACUCUUCCACCACAGUAACUUCAGCAGCAGCCACGGCAGCACAGAGGACCUGUUCAGAGACAGUAUCGACUCCUGUGACGUGGACAUCACAGAGAAGGUGAGCUACCUGGAGAAGAAGGUAUCGGAGCUGGAGAACGACACCUUGGCCAACGGGGACCUCAAGUCCAAACUCAAGCAUGAGAAUACACAGCUGGUACACAGGGUCCAUGAGCUGGAGGAGCAGAUUAAAGACCAGGAGACUCGGUCCGAUCAGAUCCUGGAGGAGGAGCUGAAAAGACACAGGGAGGCUUACAGCAAGAUAGAGAGAGACAAGAGCCAUGAGAUAGAACUGCUCGGCAACAGAGUGCUACAAUUAGAAGAUGAGAAUGGAGAAAUGAAACUGAAUGUCUGCAGACUGAAAUCCCAAUCAGAAAAACUGGAUCAGGAGAAGCAGCGUAUGACAGACAAACUGGAAGACACCAGCUUGCGUCUGAAAGAUGAGAUGGACCUGUAUCGCAAGAUGAUGGACAAGCUGUGGCAGAACAGACAUGAGUUUCAGAAGGAGAGGGAAUCCAUGCAGGAGUUGAUAGAGGACCUGCGUCGGGAGCUGGAACACCUGCAGCUGUUUAAGCUGGAGUCGGAGCGUGGACGUGGGCGGGGCUCAGCAGCCGGCCUAUCAGAGUACAACGCCAAGACCCGGGAGAUUGAAAUGGAGCAUGAGGUCAAGCGCCUCAAACAGGAGAACCAUAAGCUCCGGGACCAGAAUGAUGACCUGAACGCCCAGAUCCUGAGCCUGAGCCUGUACGAGGCCAAGAACCUGUUCAGCUGCACCACCAAGGCCCAGUCUCUGGCCGCCGAGAUAGACAAUGCGUCCCGGGAUGAGCUUGUGGACGCACUGAAAGAACAAGAGGAGAUCAACUAUCGCCUCAGACAAUACAUGGACAAGAUCAUCCUGGCCAUCCUGGACCACAACCCCUCCAUCUUAGAGAUCAAACACUAGAUCCCUCAAAUCUGUGCCACUGUCCAGUCUCUCUCACUGGUGGACAUACAGCGCCCUCUGCAGGCUGGACACAUGAACUGUAUCACAUACUGGACUCUUAGAGAAUCUGCUGUUGUCAGUGACCACAUGGUACCUCUCAUGCCCACUUUUAAGUUCUGGCAUUUUCUUGUCUCAUCGUCAUGCAAAUCACCCAUUGGUUGAGAUGACCGUGGAGAUGGAGUUAAAGGGACUACAACUGGAAGCAUUCAUACACACACAUGACCCGAAUGUUCACUUUCCAUUUCUUUUUAACUUAUGUUGGCAUACACACUACCUCUAGGUACAUAGGUCCAGUGCUUUCACGAGUCUAUCGUGUAAUGUUUAAUGUGACCAUUAAAGAGCGUGUGAUGUGCUAGUUCUCCCUCUCUCCGUCAUGGGCGUGGCACCGUAACAAAAGGCACACAUGUUUAUGUGACAUGGAAGCUCCCAGGCAGUUUGUGGGAGAGUUAUGUAGCAUUUUAACAAGCGAGCACUGUUAGCCAUUAGCCAUAGCAUGUGUGUUGUGAUUGUGUAGUCCAAAACCACAGCUUGUGUGCAUGCGUGAGAGAGGGCCAGAGCUGUAGUCGUAUUAAAAGGCACGGGACAAUUUUACAAAGUGUCCUCUGUGGUCAGGUGAAAGACCAUGACGGGUACAUAGAUUUUUGACAUGAAAUAGUCAUAUCUGUGUCUUAGGCUCACAUAAUGUUGCAUUGUCAAUGUGAGUAAGAAGUGCAGGACUUGGAAAUUAAUAGAUAUGUGAAUUAACACAUUAAUCAGAAAAAUAAUAAGAUUAACCAGAUGGAGGUGCAGAGUAUGUCAUGUUCUUCCCCAGUAGGCUGUUCUUCUGCUUAAUUCUGGAGGUGUCAGAUUAAGUCCGUUUAAAAAUAGUCAGUAAAACACUAAUUUUUGCAACGAUUUUGUUUUGAAAUUGGCAAAUUGGCUUUUGCAAUUGGGUUGCAAUUCAUAGAAGUGGCCAAAUGUAAAGUGACUUGUCACAGACUGCCACAGUAACUUCAGAGAAUUAGUGUAGAAAAUCUGAGAAUGCACAGAGAUCACUUCUAGUAGUCACACCUGCAGAAGCACACGUGCAUCAAGUGGCCGUACAAGAACAUAGUGUUUGUACAAUGGUACAAAAUUGGAAUGGUUGAGUCAUAUACACGCAAACUAAGGAAAAUGGCAGAAUUGACUGAUGAAGAUGUACUUUAUUUUGUGGAAAAUAAUGGUUGUAAGUGUAUAGAAUGGAGAAAAGGUUUAUUUUUUCAUACAGAUCUAUAAAUAACGUUUCGAGGGUUAAGUCCAGUGUAGCGUGACGAACAUGGGGACAGGAGAUUCAGGCGUUUGUGUGGCAGAGUCAGGGAUGUGGAGAUGCGAAAUAACAGCAUGCUGGGUCUGAGUGGCCAAUCUCUUUUAGAGAGCGGGAAUGGAGUUCUGUGGCAGCAGUGCCAGGAGCUAUGCCCAUCUGGGCACCUUCUGGGUAUCUGUAUAGGCCAAGUUUAAGGUAAAAGACCCCUACCCCCACCUUCAUGCACUCUUUUGUGUCACACAUUUGAGUACCCCAGACUGAAUCGUCUCAGCUACUCUUGAAGCUAUGACUAAUGUGUGAGAUCGGCAAACUCAACGUGGGUGUAUGCAGGAGGUUAAAAAUAUGGCGGGACAGUUGGCCUGGCCCUGCGGCCCUCUCUGUGGCUGUGAAAUAUACCGUUUGACAGCCAUGGGUGACAAAGCCUACGUACUGUUUCUGCGGCCAGGUUUGGUAAAUAUACGAGCUGUACAUGAAUUGGGAAAAGGGAAGACAGCAAUGGUUUUAACACUAAAGAAAAAAAGCAAACAAACAACAAACAAACAAAAAAAAACUGAAAAACAAGUCAUUAAUUAUUCAUUAAUAGGAUUCAUAAAUGAUGCUACAUAAUCACUAUUAAGAUAAUCACUCUGUAGAAUAGAUUCUGUAGUUGUCGAGGGCAACAGCCACCCUUGGCCGUACUAAAUGAAAAUACAUAAACUGUACAUGUCAUGAAUGUAUCACGGUUCCAGAGUUACUGUCUCUCACCUUUUUGCCCUUGAUCGUAUUGGAUUUACUUAGAUCGCCUUUGAUGCUCCGUACACCACAGUAUCUUAAGCAACUGUGUAGCUAGGGAAAUACGACUAAUACUGGUGUAUUCUAUAUGGUCACAAAGCUAGUUUUGCCUUGUUGCACAAAUUGUACUGAUUUGGAUGUUGUGCAUUUUCGUUGCUUGGUCCCUUUUAAAAUGGUUUGUGUGCCUUUUUAAAUUUUAAUUGGCACGAGUCUGUGUUUGUUUUUCAUUUACUUUAUGUUUACUUUUGAUCUAAUUCAUCUGAUCAAUCAUAGGAGCUUUUUUAUAUACAGUAAUUCCUGUCUUAACUUGUCUGAGCAUUUUUCAUAAAUUGUAAAUGUUGUACAGAAACUAGUUCAUAUUUGUAUUUAUGUGUCCUUCAUCAGACCUACUAAAUGAAAAGGCUGUCUUUUAUACAGUUUUAUGAUACAAUACAGCAACAAGAUAUCAGUAGAAGUGUUGUGUGCAAAAACUAGCGUCGUAUAAGAUGUUCAUUCGACGACAUUUUAUUUGGCAAUACUUUCAGGCCCCAUCAGGGCUAUGGUCAUAACAAUGUAAUAGCAGGCGUCAAAAAAGUAUGUCAAUUCCUGGCCUUCAUUAGGCCUAUCAGAAGGUUCCUGUUUUUUUUUUUUUUUUUUAAGUUUAUUUAAUUAUGCUAAUGGUCCUCCAAAUACCAUGCAGACAUCUUGCUGCUGCCUCAAUGUGUGGAUGUCCUAUCACAAACAGCCUGAUUAGACAGCAUACAGAAGGGUAUAUUGUGUCCAAAUGGAGUGUCCUGCUAAUUGCAUUUUUGUCUGAGGCAUUGUCAAAUAAGAAGUUUACCC